GCAGCUCAGUUGGGAGGGAGCAACCGGAUGAGACAGACAUUUCUUCCCUGCUGCUGGACUGGAGCACCAAGGAGAAUCACUGUUGCCCCAAGGACGAAGGUAACUGAGAAAUACAUUGCUACAGCGCCUACAUAUGUAGGCAAAGGAGAUUUUUCUUGGAAAUGUGAAGAAAACUGUGAUCCUAAUCCUGGUCCCAGAGAAAGAGAAAAAGAACCUUCCAAAGAAAAGUUUGCAGCAAAUCGACAUAGAUGCAACAGCCGUUCUCUGUCUCUGCAGUUCCUGUCUCUUUGAAGAACCAUCGCAAGUGGCACUGGCAGCAUGGAGCGGGCCGAGAGAGAACUGCUGGCGACCCUGGAAAAGCUGGGAGAAAGGGAGCUGCAGAGAUUCAAGGACAAAUUGAGUGAAAUCCAGCCAAAGAAGGGAUACCAACUUCUCCCCUCUGGGAGCCUAAAAGAUGCCGAUCCCCCAGCCCUCACGGACCUCCUCCUCCUCUUCUAUGGGACGGACUAUGGGGCGAAGGUGGCUGCAGAGGUGCUGAGAGCCAUCGACCAGAGAGUCCUAGCAAAGAGAAUUGAGAAACUCAUUAAUGCACUGAGACAUGAGAAAUUCAUUUUCAAGCGGCAGCUGCUGCAGCAUGGCUACGCGAGAGGAGGUUUCAUGUAUGCGAAAUACACACUGAACAAUGAGCAGUACCAGACAAUCAGAGCUGAGAAAACCAGCCAGGAGAAGAUGCGAAAGCUGUAUGAGCUGAUGCCAAGCUGGGGCGAACUGCAGAAAGACCGGCUCUACGAGGCACUGAAGAAAACAAACAGAGACCUGGUUGAAGAACUGGAGGAGGAACACUUUGUUGACCGGCACCGAGAGAAGCUGAUCCAGCAAGUCUCAGAAGUGGACAGAGUCCUGAAGCUACUUCGGGGGCACACACUAACCCCUGAGCAAUACCAGAGCAUCAGCACUGGGAGAUCCAAUGUGGAGAAAAUGCAGAAGCUGUAUGAGCUGGUGCCGAGCUGGCCGAGGAAGCGAAAGGACCGGCUCUACCGGGUACUGUGGAUAACAAACAGCGCCCUUGUUGAUGAGUGUGCAGAGGAACAUUUUGUGGAGCAGCAUCGGGAGCAGCUGAUUCAACGCGUCUCUUCAGUUGACGCAGCCCUGGAUGUGCUGAAGCGGGGCUAUAACACAUCGUUCGAGGAGCAGCCAUACUCGCUGGUGCACUCACCAUAUGAAAGCCCCAUUGAAGAGGUAGAAGAGCAACAUUUUCUCAAACGGUUUCGAGAACCAUCAAAGUCAUCUACUGGCGGACUCCUCCAGAAUUGGGCAUACAUACUGAACGAUGAACAGUACCAGACAAUCAGAGCUGAGAAAACCAGCCAGGAGAAGAUGCGGAAGCUGUAUGAGCUGGUGCCAAGGUGGAACGAAUGGCAGAAGGACUGGCUCUACCACGCACUGCAGAGAACAAACAGAGACCUGGUUGAAGAGCUGGAGGAGGAACACUUUGUUGACCGGCACCGAGAGAAGCUGAUCCAGCGAGUCUCAGAAGUGGACAGAGUCCUGAAGCUACUUCAGUGGCACACGCUAACCCCUGAGCAAUACCAGAGCAUCAGCACCGGGAGAUCCAAUGUGGAGAAAAUGCAGAAGCUGUACGAGCUGGUGCCAAGCUGGCGGAGGAAGCAAAAGGACCGGCUCCACCGGGUACUGUGGAUAACAAACAGCGCCCUUGUUCAUGAGUGUGCAGCCUCAGGGGAACAUUUUGUGGAGCGGCAUCAGGAGCAGCUGAUUCAACGCGUCUCUUCAGUUGACGCAACCCUGGAUGUGCUGAAGCAGGGCCAUGACCCGUGGUUUGAGGAGCAGCCAUACUCAGCGGUGCACUCACCAUAUGAAAUCCCCACUGAAGAGCUAGAAGAUCACAUGGAAGUUUCUCAUGAUCAAAUUUCCACUGAAGAACUGACAUCAGCAUCAGGAUUCACCAGUGAAGAGACUAAGUCCGACUCUAGUUCUGCUGCAGGGACAAAGGGGGCAGGAGGGAUCAUCUGCCAACAGACCCUCCUAACCUCCACUGGCUCUGUGGCAGUAGCUGCAGGUGAGAUCAGCCGGAGUCAGAGUCCCACUGCCUGCCUCAGGGGACAGCACAAAUGUAACUGGUGUGCCAGAGAGGAGGAUCUUCCAGAAGAAAUAAAACCAGAGAUUAUUCAGGAUUUAGAUGCGAACCAGGAAACGUACAGGGUUCAUUUCUCUAGGGCAGGCUGGUUCUGUUGCCCUGAAACUGAACUGGAGUUUGAGGUGAGGGCACCAGUGACCAUACAAUAUGGCUACGGCUCCUGGAGGCAGCAUCUGACUGAAUCACAGGCAGAGCAGUGGAUGGUGGCUGGCCCUUUGUUUGACAUCAGAGCGGAACAGAAGGAGGCUGUGGCAGCCGUUCACCUCCCGCACUUCCUGUGUCUCAGAGAUGCUGACAAUUCCCGGAUGCAGAUUGCCCAUUUCAUCGAUGAGGAGAUGACCCUGGAGAACCCAACAUGGGUGAGGUCAUUCCACGCCGUGCUGGAGAACCCCAGCUUCUCUCUGAUUGGAGCAUUUUGGAGGAGGGUGAAUUCUGAUCAGCAAACUCAGCUCCAUUCCAUUGUACUGCUCUACCAGGCACAAAGGAGAGUUAAUCUAACCCUCCACCUCUACCUGAUACCCGAUGAUGGUUCACGGGUCAAGGCAGUGAAGGACUAUGAAAAGGAGUGCCAGUCAUGGUUUGUGUCUAAGUCUCAUUUCACUGCUAAACCCUUGUGCUUUGGCUCGUUCUACAUUGUGUCCAGUCCAUCGGAGAUAACAGUAACACCCAAGGAACUGCCAUUUUUGGAUAAACCUGCAGAAGCUUUACAACCAUUCACAGAGGUCCACACCAUAGAUGUGAAGAAGGAGCUGGAGCUCAGCCUGGUGGAAAAAACGGAUGGGACGCCAAUCUGGGAGGCUGUUAUCAGACCAGAGGACCUGGCACCUUCUGUUUCAUCCAUUAAGAUGCAAAUAGAUACACAUUUUGUUGACCAACACCGAGAACAGCUGAUUAAGCGGGUGACUGCAGUGGACAGCAUCCUGGAUUCACUGCAUGACGUCGUUCUGGAUACUGAACAAUACCAGAGUAUCAGAGCUGAGAGAACCAACCCAGACAAGAUGCGGAAGCUGUACGAGCUGGUCCCGAGCUGGAAUUCAGGCUGCAAAGAAAAGCUCUACCAGGCGCUGAAGGACAAACACAGAUACCUGGUUGAACAGCUUGAGGAGAAAUAGAUGGAGGCAGCUCUCCCCCUUCUCAAAGAUUGUUUGUUUGCAUUGGGAGGGAUUACUCCAAAGGUUUUUGGCGUGAAUCACGUAACUCACAAUAUGCAAACCGCCAGGGCCGGUGCAAGGAUAUUUUGUGCCCUAGGCGAAACUUCCAUCUUGCGCUCCCCCUCCCCCAA